UCCCGACGGUCUCUUUUUAGUGUUGCGCAAAACAACACGUUCGAAAAUGGUUUGGUUUACAGUCGAUUUGAGAGUUGUUGAUAUUUUGUGGUCUUUCCUGGCGUCAUGUUUCCUUUUAGCUUUUUGUGCACACAAAGCCUUGAGCAGAUAUGAAACGUGUCGUCUCUAUAUGUUUUUUCAGGAUCUUAUUCGGUACGGAAAAACUAAGCACCUCAGACGAGACGACUGGCUGCGGACGUUUGAUGUCCCAAAAAGGUGGUUCUGGCACUUCUAUGCUGUCUCUCUUUGCUGGAAUGGUCUUCUUCUGGCCUUGUACCUGAACUUCAUAUUUCAGCAGCAGUCACACCCAUCGUGGCUGACUGGAAUAUUAGACAUUUUAUCAGGUUUACCAAGCACAGUUAGUCACGUCCCACAGCUGUCUACUCUGCUGGUACAGCUGCUGCUCUGGGUCCACUCCCUCAGGAGGCUACUGGAGUGCCUGUUUGUCAGUGUUUUCUCUGAUGGAGCCAUGCAUUUGGUGCAGUAUGUGUUCGGCCUUGGGUACUACAUUGUACUAGGGUUGACAGUUCUCUGCUCAGAUCAUCUGGGGAAAGGGACUGGUGCCCUCUUCUCUCAGCUGGACUGGUUUCAUGUAGCUGGAGUUGCACUUUUCACUGGGGCCUCACUGCUGCAGCAUCAGUCCAUGGUCCUACUGGCCAGGCUUCGCACUGGAAAGUCAGGAACAGUGGAGACACUGGCACACAGAGUGCCAAGGGGAGGCUUGUUUGAGCUGGUUUCAUGCCCACAUUAUUUUUCUGAGCUUCUGAUCUAUGUCUCGCUGAGCUUGGUUUUUGGAGGCCUGUCUCUUACCUGGUGGAUCGUUGUCCUUUAUGUCCUUUUCAGCCAGGCACUGGCAGCACAGCUCUGCCAUGAUUUUUACAUUAGUAAAUAUGAGUCAUACCCAAAGCACAGAAAAGCAUAUAUACCUUUUGUGCUGUGAACAUUUGUCACUGGUGCGUGUUGGCAUGCCUUCUUUUUUGUUAGCCAGAGGAUCUGAGGAUGUAGGGAGAAACUCUCCUCUCUCUCUCAGUUCACAUGGUGCUCUAGGUCAAGUGAAGCUGUUCAGUCGCCAACAGGGAAACACUCAGUGUAGUUUACUACUGUUAAAUGUAUUUUCAUUUAAUGAUGACAGCUUAUCACAUUGUAACUCAAACAAGUUAUGUUGUUAAAAUAAGCUGACUUAUUUCAAUGUGUCUGGUAAAAACAUAAGAAAUCAGAGAAAAGGCUUUGAAUGAAUCGUUUCUUGUUAUAAAAAUGUAUAAAUGUUCAUUUUAUUACAGCAUACCAGUUUGUUUUGUAUAACAGAUAUUUUAUGUUAAAACAAAUAAAUUGUAAUGGUUAGAGAUGUAUAUUCUGACAAGUUAUUUUGUUUAAAGAGGAAAAUGUUCUCAUUAUUUGAGAAACUUGGCAUGCUACUGCCUCAUGCUGUAGUAAAAUCAAUGGCAAGUUAUAUUUUUUAUUAAACAUAAAACUGAUUUACAACAUUAAAUAAGGUUCAGAAUCAGAAUCAAUGUUGUAAUUAAAUACUCUACAGUAUAAGGAAAUUUUAAUUGGUGUGGAGUACCUUUCAUGUUUAACAACUGUCAUGCUGAUUUAAUUAAUUUGUAUAUAUUUGGAGUCUAGGAUUUGGAGAAUCCACUGGAUGGGGAUGUAACUGACUGUCAAUCUUAGGCCCAGAAAUUGAUUAAACAAUUACUUUAAUUGGAUUGUCCUCGGCCACCUCCGUGCCCAAGUGAGCUCAGCGCUGGACCCGCUGCAGUUUGCAUACCGUCCUGGCAUCGGGGUUGCUACAUCGAGCCCUAUCUCACCUGGAGUCCCCCGGAAGUAUUGUGAGGGUCAUGUUCUUUGACUUCUCCAGUGCUUUCA